AUGCCCGCCUACCCGACAUAUACGACUUUGCACAUCUGUCUCCACAUAGCCCAUUAUUCCAUCCCAUCCUGUAACUUGACCACGAAACACACAACACCACCGGCCAUCAUAUCACCAUCCAUGGAGAGAGAACGGCAAUACCUCCGCCCGAGGGUAGGGGGCACUGUGACCCCGGGCUCUGACACCCGCCUGAACAGUCGGCCAGCCGAGUGGCCUGAGUGGGAAGGCCAGCAAGGUCGAGGAGAUCAACAACAACAGCAGCAGCAGCAGCAGCAACCCAAGUCUAUCCUCCGCAAGUCAGUUAGGCCAUCGACAAGGCCACGCCGCAACUCGGACACGUCCGUCACAUCUUCCAACAUCCCCGGAGUGGGCGCCGGCAGUGACUCGGAGCUGGGGGUCAGACCCUCGCCCAGAGCCCACCACAUCUCAGCUGCCUCCACGCCAACAGCAUCGCCGACAGCGUCGCCCAUGCUCUCACCCUCUCUGCCGUCAGCCUCUACCAGCAUCCUGCCUCGCAAGGUCCUGAAGGCCAAGUUCCCAGGGGUGCCUGCUGAACGACAAGGGACUGUGAACCUUCGGCCCUCCCGAGCCUCUUCUUCCACCUCCAACCUCCCACCCAGCUAUCAUGGGCCACCACCAUCCGUGGCAUGCAAUGUGCUUUCCCCCCAGUUCAUGCCUGAUAAUAACAGACAACUGGUUCACUCGGGUCAUCACGAAGCCCGCCAGGAGCACUACGACCGCCCCGAUCGGCGCGAUUACCGCUCUGAUCCGGACCCCGAAACCGAAUCUGUUUCCUCCACCUCGGAGCUCUCGUCCACAACAGAAGCCACUACCGUCAUCUCGGAAUCCUCCGAGUCCUGCGAGAGUGAUGUGACCACUACGGAGGCCAACACCCUUGCCAACACGGGCACCAGAACGCCCUCCGUUCGCUUCACACCCAGUGUCAUCGGCUCUUCAUCCAGUGUCGUUAGCUCUGUCGCGCCAUCCAAGAAUGCCCCCCCUCCUCCCAGCCGCAAGGUCGUCAGACACCGGGUUGGCGGGCCUCAACCAAGGCUCACAUCUUCUGCCGACCGAAGUCUCACCGGCGGAGGUCGUAUCAAGCUGCUCCCUUCCAGCGCACCCCCCGUCGACACCAGAUACCAAUGGGACCUGGAGCAACGCCAGCAGGACCUUGAGCGGAACAUGAUGCACAGGAUCGAGCAACUGGAAGCCGAGACACGCGCCCUUCGUGAGAGCGAGGCCAAACUCAAGAUGGACCUCGAAGACAGCGCUGCCCAGAUAUCCGCCACCAUGCGAGAAAAGUCUAUGGCUGAGGGUGAGCGCGAUCUGGCUCGCAACGAGAGGGCUGCGCUGGAGAGGGAGCGUGAGCGUGAGCGUGAGCAGGAGCGCAGGAGCAGGGACGAGCUUCUCUCCAAGCUCGACGCGCAAAAGGCGAUCAUCGACGAGUUCCGCAGCAACUCAGACCUCACCAAGGGCAUCCUGGACGAAGUUGAAAAGGAACGCGACGUUGAACGCACCGACAAGGUUGAACUCUACGGCAAGCUCGAGGCCACCAAGCAAGUUAUGGACGAGUUCAGGAACACGAUGGACCUGCAAAGGGUCAUGAUCAUGGAGGCUGAGCAGAGCCGUGACGACAUCAGGGAGAUCAAGGACAAGCUCGAAGUCAGGGUGCAGGAUCUUGAGAGGGAGCUCGAGAAGCUCCACAUCGACCGCAAGGAGCAUGAGGAUCUCUUGUCUCAACAGAUCGUUGCUCUGGAUGUUCGCAACAGUGCCCUCCUUGAGCAGCGUGACAACAGAGACAAGGAGAUCGCGGAGCUGACGACCAUGCGGGAUGCUAUGAAAGAGGAGACUGAAGCGCUCAAGGUUCGGGUGUCGGACUUGAUUGCAGAGAAAUUGGCCGCCGAGGAGGAACAGCAAAACAUCAAGAUUAAGGCCAGCGGGGAGCUGCAGGAGGUCAGAAGGGCAGCCGAGGAGGAGCAGCAGAGAAUUACAGAGGCUGCCGUGGAGGAGCAGCAAAGGAUCACCAAGGCGGCCGAGGAGGAGCAACAGAGAAUUGCACAGGCUGCAGAGGAGGAGAGACGGAGGAUCACACAGGCAGCCGAGGAGGCGGAGCAGGCUCUGAGAACGACAUUUGCGGCCGACAGGGAGGCUCUUCAAAAGGAGAUUGACGAGGGUCAGCAGCCGCUGCGGGCUCGCAUCGAGGAGCUGGAAAAGGAGAGGGAUGCGUUGGAAGCUGCCAAGGCUGCUUUGGAGCAAGAAAGGAGCGACCUGCAGUCGGCACUCAAUACCGCCAACGAAGAAAUUGCCGCUCUCAAAGUCCAAGUGAAGGAGCUGACACUGUCCAGUUCCGAACAGGCCACCAAGAUUUCUGCUCUGGAGGAGGAGCUUGCAUCAACCCAGACAGAGGUCAGCAGCCUCAAGGCCCGGAUCGAUGGUCUCGAGUCGGACAAGCUCGGCCUUCAGCAGAAGCUCUUGGAUCUCCAGGUCGACCUUGGCGGCAAGCAAAUUCAGAUCGAGGCGCUCACAACCGACCUUGCCGGCUCUAAAGAGGCCAACAUCUCUCUUGCCAGCCAGAAGAUUGAGGUGGCCAACCACCUUAACACGGUGCAGGAGUAUCUUGUCGCUGCCAGUGCCGAGAUUGCACAGCUCAAGACGGAGAAGGGCACGAUCCAAGUCGAGGCGGACAAGGUUGCUGGCCUGAUGAGUUCCAAGGCGGCACUCGAGGACAAGGUUGUGGAUCUCGAGGGCAAGAUCUCGACACUGGAGAGCAGGAUUGCCGUGCUCCAGGCCGAAGCGGACAAGAUCCCCGGCCUCAUGGGCGAGAAGGAGGAGGCGUUGUGUCAAAUCUCGCAGCUCGAAGGAAGGAGCGUCGAUCUCCAAGUACGAAUCGGUGAACUCCAAGCUGAGCUCUAUGCCAAAACCACUGAACUGGAAGGUAAGCUGGCGCAGGUCCAAUCUGAGGCGGACAAGGUCCCUACCAUCGAGGCAGCUAAAAUUGUUCUCGGAGGCAAGGUUUUAGAGCUUCAAGCCAAGGUUGUCGAGCUGCAGACCGAGCUUGCCAAGGAUCCAGAUGCAGUGGCGGCGGCACUCAGAGUCGAGCUGGAGAUCAAGAGUCAGGAGAUCACGCGCCGUGUGGGUGAGAUCACGGCACUGACAGAGAGCAACUCGGCGCUGUCGGCCGAGCUUGGGGCCACCAAGCAGCAGCUCGAGACGUUGCACAGCUCCUACAACAGCAUCACCGAGUCCUACAACCAGGCAACCGAGCAGAUCAUCGAACUCCAGCACAAGGUUGAGAAGCUGACCCCCUCUUCGCGCCGGUCCAGCCGGUCCCGCAACGCCUCCCCGCAGAAGAAGGACAAGGAGAAGGACAGGGAAAAGGACAAGGAGUCCAGCAGCAGCAAGAAGGAUAAGCAACGGGAACUUGUGGUGGUGCGCAACCCUGGCGACCGAGGAGGAGCACUGUCAGUCAUGCUUCAAAUCGCUGCCGCAAUCUGAAGUUAACACAGAGCCCUCACUAACAUGGGUUUACGUCUGCAGGCAUCUCGUCAGAAAAAGCGAAAUAAAACGCAAUUCUCGAUCUUCAAGCGUUAACUCGACUCCCACUCCGAGCCCCCGCCAUUCCGACGCUUCAUUUGCCUCCUCGUCCAAAUGCUGAGCUCAGCACGACACAUGCCACAAGACCUCUCUACGCGGCCAACACUAAC